AACAACACUGGUGAGAAUGUGAGUUAUUAAUCACACUUUAUCACUUCACACGCUGUCGUUAUUAUCAAACACAGCCCGGAGUACUGAGAGGAGCAGCUGACACGUCUGGACAUUAGAACCCCCGGGCUCGAUCUUAAAAAAUGGAGGAGCUUCAUAAUCACUGUGCCUCGUGCGUAAGCCGGAGAUGCAUGUUUAAGCCCCAGCCUGGCACCUCAUGUGACCUCAUUACUUGUCCGCUGGUUUGCGGUGCUGUUUUUCAUGGCUGUAAAGCGAACGAGCAUCGGCUGCUCUGCCCACUAGAGAGGGUCCAGUGCCUUAACCACACUAUCGGCUGCCCUUACACGCUGACCAGGUGCAAGAUGGCGGAGCACCUGGAGGUGUGUCCUGCCGGUGUCGUGUGUUGCACGAUGGAGUGGAACCGGUGGCCGGUAAAUUAUGAGGACUAUCGCUCCUACGAGAGGUUAAGUCGGGAUGCUAGCGAAGAAGAGCAACUCGACAUGGCUCUUGCCUUGCAGGACCAAAGGACCAUGUUGGCUUCACUUAAACUGGUCUCACUGAUGCCAACUAACUGUCCUGAGAGGCAAAGCAAAAUGCCUGCCAUGGUCGUGGAAACUGCAGUUCCUGGGAUACCCUUUGAGAAGGACAUGGAUGAGGCGUCAGCUGUGAGUUGCUCAAACAACAAAAUUCUAAACGGGAUUAAUGGUUUGAAUGAAGAGCAUUAUGGGGAGCUUUACCAAACUACAGUUGAGACAACCAAAAGCCUGUCAGCAGCUCUCAAUGUUCUUAUCCAGCUCAACGCCUCCAGUACACAAUGUUCCACUACAAGUGUCGCACAGUCAGGAUUAAAUGGAGAAUUAAAUGAAGUGUUACCUAUAAGGGAAGACAGUACGUCCAGCUGUAAUAAAAUAGCCAAUGGACUUAGUGGCCUGAAUGAGGAGUUGCAACCAGAGCAACACCAAACCUUGAUGGAACUGGGGAGAAGCUUGGUCUCGGCCCUUGGCGCGUUAGGAGAUGUCGUCAAAGGCUCUGAGCCAAGCUCAAAUGGUGAAAGUCAUCAUUUAGAAAAUGUAGAGUCUGCAGAUGUGGAAAUGAAGGAUUGUACUCCUGAAAUGGAGGUUGACAUCGAUGCAGUUGAUGAUAGAGAAUCUUUAAAUUCUUCAAUCAGACCUGGAGAUGCAAAUGAGCAGAGCUCGUGUAACAGAGUCACAGCACCUAUAGUAGAAUCGCAGGAGCAUCCCAUGGACCUGGCUACGACAGACGAUGAGUGUGUAGACCCUGCUGCUUCCUUAGAGUUUGUCGGUCCAUUAAUACCCCACAGACCAGACCUGAGACAGGACCGAGCCAAUGUUGUAAUGCAGGAGGCCUCAGGAUCCCAGGCGCCAAUUCUACAGCUGCCGGUUCACUCCCAGGCUCUGGUUGUUCCCAGGGAUGGUGCGUUGUCUUCCAUGGUGCUGGACUUUGAGGACAAGGCUUUUGAGAGAAAACUCCAAAACCUUCAACUGCUCCGCAAUUUUAUGCCGCUUGCACUUAACGGACGGAAGGGUUGCUUUUCAGAAGGCUUCACGCACCGACAACCUCCUUGCAAGAUGGAGGACAAAAGUGUGGAUACGUCUGAUCUGGAGCAGGAACCUCAGGAAGACCCGUUGGGCCUCGGUGAGAUCGACUUCACGGCUGCUGCGCUGCUGUUCUGUCUGGAGGAGUCACCACGAGCUCGGAGGAUCUCCGAUACGGUGUACGCCUUAGGUGGCUCACGGGUGGAUUUCGGCACCCAGACCUUUACCUUUCCCGCCGCUAUCUUGGCCACCAGCACCAUGGUUGGCGAGGUGGCGUCUGCUUCGGCCUGCGACCGGGCUGCGCCCCGUCUCUCGCAACCCAGUCCGUUUUGCACUCUGCGGCUAGACUUGACUCUGGAGCAGCUGGUACCGCGACCGAGCUGGGCCCCACGUGAAGGAUCCAUGUUUACCUUCGAGUGCGGCCAGCUGUUCCGUCGAGAGGAAUUCAUAUCGCACUUCCGCAACGUCCACGGCGACAUCCACUCCGGGCUAAACGGCUGGAUGGAGCAUCGCUGUCCGCUUGCCUAUUACGGCUGCACCUACUCCCAGAGAAGAUUCUGCCCGUCCAGGCAGGGUUUAAAGGUCGUCCAUGAUAGCCACCUCAGGUCGUUUGGGGUGCAGCCUGUGAUGGAGUCUGUGACCGAGCCUGGGUGUGAUCGCCUCAGUGGCUUGCCCUUCGAGAUCCUGCAGCACGUGGCUCGGUUCCUGGAUGGAUUUAGUCUUUGUCAGCUGUCCGUGGUGUCACAUACCAUGAGGGACGUCUGUGCUAGCCUGCUGCAGACCCGGGGCAUGGUUGUGGUGCGGUGGGAGAAGAGGCAGUACCCAGACGGGAAGCAAAGCUGGCAGAUAAAAGACAAGGUGUGGCGAUUCAGCACGGCCUUCAGUCCCGUCACCAGGUGGGAGUUGGCGGACAUUUCCAGUAUGGCGGAUCACCUGAAGCGCUGUCCCUAUAACGAGGUCCACAGGCAGGUGGAGGCCGUUCCACUGCCGUGCAUGUGCACGACCAGAGAGCUGACCAGAGGCGGCCGCUCGCUCCGCUCCGUCCUCAAGCCAGUAUUAUAACCAACGACCCACUUUAGCACCUGAACGCCAGCGCUACACACUACCGUAUCUAACCUCUUUAACCAGUAAUAUCUAUCACUGUGUACAUAAGAAGAGAUAUUUUUCGCUUUGAUCUUGAGAGUAUUUUUAUAAAUGGUGUAAAUGGAAUGGAAGGUGGAUUCAUUCUGAUGUGGUGAUGGUUUUAACUGCAAAGUUUUCAGUGUUUGCCCCUCCUCCUCCUCCUCGCAGUUAACGUUCGGUUUCUAAACAAAUCUAUAGAGCUGUUUUAAAGGGAUUUGACCACA